UAUGGCCUUUUUAUUUUAUUUUCAUUCUGUUUAAUUACCUUUAACAUCGACUCGUUCGUUUGCAUGGAAUCCCUCCAGUGUAAAAGAAGGGAUGGUGGUGGCAUAUUCUUUGAAGAAACAGUCGCCGGUUCCCAACAGUUUGGUCGGCUAAAUCGUUCAAUCACCACCAAAGAUGACGGCCGAGAUUAUCCGUCAAUAGCCAUCGGCGACGGCACUCAUCACAAUGGCUCAUCGGUAUCUCCGUUGCAAAAAUCUCCAUGGUCAUGUCAUGUAGGCAAAGAUUUGAGUUCUUCUGAAGUUGAUCAAAACACCAACAGCAACACCAACUUCACGCCUAACGUAUUAAUGGGUUCAUUGGUACGUGAAGAAGGGCACAUAUAUUCAUUGGCAGCCUCGGGGGAUAUGUUGUACACUGGUUCAGAAAGCAAGAAUAUUAGGGUUUGGAAGAACCACAAGGAAUUUUCGGGAUUUAAAUCUCACAGCGGAUUGGUGAAAACCAUCAUCAUCGCCGGAGGAAAGAUCUUUACGGGUCAUCAAGAUGGGAAGAUCCGAGUUUGGAAGAUUUCGAAGAAGAACCCGAGUGUUCAUAAACGAAUCGGGACAUUGCCCAGAUUUAGAGAUUACUUGAAGAAAUCAAUGAAGCCUAAGAAUUACGUUGAAGUGAAGAACAACCGUUGCGGUGUAUGGCUCAAACAUUGGGAUGCUAUAUCGUGCCUUAGCUUGAACGAGGACCAAACGUUGAUUUACUCGUCUUCGUGGGACAGAACAUUCAAAGUUUGGAGGGUUUUGGAUUCGAAAUGCUUGGAGUCCGUUCGAUCCCACGAUGAUGCAGUGAACUCCGUCGCGGCAGGAUUCGACGGGUUGGUUUUUACGGGCUCGGCGGAUGGGACGGUCAAGGUAUGGAGGAGAGAGUACCCAGGGAAAAGAACCAAGCAUUUCUUUUCACAGACAUUGCUGAAACAAGACUGUUCUGUCACGGCAUUGGCUUUGAGCCCGGAUGCUACGGUUGUUUACUGUGGCUCGUCGGAUGCGUUGGUUCACUUCUGGGAACGUGAAAACCAAUUCUCUCACGGCGGAGUUUUGAGAGGCCAUAAACAGGCCGUUCUCUGCUUGGUUGCCGCCGGGAAGCUUGUGAUCAGUGGGUCAGCUGAUAUGGGGAUCUCUGUGUGGAAAAGAUCAGGGAAGGAGCAUUUUUGCUUGUCGAUUUUAACCGGACACAGCGGUCCGGUUAAGUGCUUGGCGAUAGAAAAGGAUCAGGAAUCGACAUCGGGUGAAGUACGAUGGAUUCUUUACAGUGGUAGCCUCGAUAAGGCGGUUAAGAUGUGGCGCAUAUCGGAGCUAGCACUGCCGAUUAAGCAAGACCAGCUUCGGUCCGAUAGCAAAUGUAUUCCCUCGUGGCAGUAUUAG